GGUUGCACGAGCAAAUCGGAAAUUCAAAGUAAGGAAACGUUCCAUCUUGAACGGCAUGGCAUCUUCUGAUAUCAUCGCUUUGAGGGAAGAGAUCAAGACGAAGGAAGAAGAGAUUCAAAAUCUAAAGGAAAAACUUGCGGCAUUUGAGAAGGUAAAUGUCUCUUUAUUACCAGACUUACACAACAGCAGCAAAAAACUGCCUGAACUAACCAACAACAUUCUCAAAAAUUCAGACAUCUUGAGAUACAGCAGACAACUUAUUUUGCCAGAGUUUGGUAUUAAGGGUCAACUUAACCUAUCAAAUUCCUCUGUCCUGGUGAUAGGUUGUGGAGGCUUAGGAUGUCCAUUAGCACAGUACUUGGCUGCAUCUGGAAUAGGACGUUUGGGACUAGUGGAUUAUGAUAUUGUUGAAAUGAGCAACCUUCACAGACAAAUCCUGCAUUUUGAAAAAAGACAGGGAAUGCCAAAAUCUGUAUCUGUGGUGAAAACACUGAAGAAGUUGAACUCAGCUGUGGAAUAUGUCCCAUAUCACGUGAUGUUAAAUCCUGACAAUGUUUUAGAACUUAUUCAACAAUAUGAUGUGAUCGCAGAUUGCAGUGAUAACGUUCCCACUAGAUAUUUGGUCAACGACGCUUGUGUUGUAGCUGGAAAGCCACUGGUAUCUGCCAGUGCCCUUAGAUGGCAAGGCCAGCUCACAGUCUAUAACCAUCAGGGUGGUCCAUGUUAUCGGUGCUUAUUUCCUACUCCACCUCCACCAGAAACUGUUACAAACUGUGCAGAUGGUGGCGUUCUUGGUAUUGUGCCUGGAAUAAUUGGAUGCAUGCAAGCUUUAGAGGUACUCAAGAUAGCAGCUGGUAUGCCUUCCUCAUACAGUGGCACAAUGUUGCUGUAUGAUGCAUUGGACGGGCAAUUUCGCAAUAUCAAGAUUCGUGCUAAAAAACUUGAUUGUGGUGUUUGUGGUAUCAAUUCAGAGACCCUCAUUCUUGAAGACUAUGAGACAUUUUGUGGUUCAUCAAUUUCAGAUAAGUGUAGAAUGUUAAGCUUGUUGCCCAAUGAAGAAAGGUUAACAGUUCAGGACUAUAAGAAAUUUUUGGAUGAUGGUGUUCCUCAUGUUCUCAUUGACGUUCGACCACAGGUUGAAGUGGAUAUUUGUCAUUUGCCGCACUCUACUAAUAUAUCAUUGACCCACUUGGAACAGAAAAAUGAAUUAUGGAUACAUUACCUGAGCACUAAAUUGGCCGAAAUAAAGUGCAUUGAAAAUCAGACCGCCAAAACAGUGGUGGUGAUUUGCAAACAUGGAAACGAUUCUCAAAAGGCUGUGAAAGUAUUAAAAGAGUUGUCUGGAAAAGAAGUAGAUUUGAUUAUAGCAAAAGAUGUGCAGGGUGGAUUGAUGGCAUGGGCUAAAAAAAUUGAUCCCACUUUUCCUCAGUAUUGAGCAUCUAACAAAAAUACUAACACUAAUAUAAUGGUUAUGACAUUACAUGUGAUUGCAUAUACUUAAAGAAUUAAAUAUGUAUAAAUGUAUUUGUGAAUAGGUUCAUUAGUUACUGCAAACUCAUUUCUAUAAAAUAUAGGAUGUUAUGAUAGUAAGAGUCUGAAUUAGAAAUGUAUAAAUGUGAUUAGGAAAAAUAUGUACAUGUAAUAAAAGAGUGAAUUACAAAACAAAUAUAA